AUGGCAUCUUGUUCCGACAAAACCAGUGACUCUCAAAAAUCAGACAAAGAUCAAGAUGAAAUCGAAAAAGAGGGCAAAAGAUUAGGGCAAAAAAAAGUACCGAGGCAAAAUUCAAGGAAUAAGAGCAAGAGGGCACACGAGCAAACCGAGACAAAAAAGAAAUCAUGGGUGUGGAAGCAUUUUGCGGUGGUGCAAAAGCCUCUGAUGAGUAGAAACGAGGAGGGGAUAAUGGUCCAAGUUGGAUUAACCAAUCGAGCUCAAUGCAGGCAAGCAUUUGAUAGAUUGGCUGAAGAAGAGGACACUAAGUAUAAAAGUUAUUUUGAUGAGGAUGAUGAGGAAAAUGAGGAAGAAGGAGAAGAUGUGGGGACUGUGGGGAGAGGGAAGAAAGUGGGGCCUCCAACAGAUGAUGAUUGGGAAAAAGCUGUUGCAUUUGUCAAGUUUUUGAGAGUGUUUUUUGAUGUCACAUUGAAUGUUAGUGCUUCAAGCAAACCUACUGCUCACAAAGCAUUCCAUGAUAUUGUUUCAAUUAAAUGUGAGAUUGAAGAGAUUUUUGAUGCACCAAUCACAAACCACAGUACAGAUUAUGAGAAAACAUUGUUUAAUAUGUCAGUCCAAAUGAGGAGCAAGUACAACAAGUACUUUGAUUCACUAGAUGAUGUAAAUCAGCUUCUGGUUGUUGCUUUGGUGUUAGACCCUAGGUUCAAACUAAGGUAUUUCACUAAGGUUCUUGAGAGGAUGUUGAAUUAUGAUGCCUUUACCAUAAAAAUGAAGACAGAAAGGUUGAAAGAGUUGAUUGUUACCCUCACUGACUUGUAUGCUUCAAUGAAUGGUGUACAAAAUUCUAGCACAAAAAGGAUAGAUGGUGUUGAAACUGGGACUGAGAGUGGAAGCAGUUGUUCUUCAAAGAAGCUGACAGGAAAGAAAGCAAAAAUGAUGGAAGAUUGGAAAAAAGACCUUGAGGAUGUUGAUGCUGUUGUAGUUGCUCAUGAGGUAGACAGAUAUCUACUUGAUCCCAUUGAAAAGCCAGGUCCAGGAAUUGAAUUUGAUAUAUUGUCAUGGUGGAGGAUAAUGGGAGGUAAGUAUCCUAAUUUGCAAGCACUUGCUAAAGAUGUGCUAGCCAUUCAAGUUAGUACUGUUGCUUCUGAGUCAAGUUUUAGCACUGGGAAAAGAGUUAUUGAUCCUCAUAGGAGUUCAUUAACUCCUAGAUCAGUGGAAGCACUGAUUUGUCUUCAAAGUUGGCUUAAGUCUGAUACAAUAACAACCCUUGCAUAUACUCCUACCCCAGAUGAAAUUGAAUGGCUUGAAAAAACUGAACAAGAACAUUUCAUCUUCCUCUUCAUUUUCAAGCUCAAGAGCAAUCCACCUUCAUUCACCAUAAAAUUCGGCCACCACCUCGUAGCUCCGGCGAGCCCCCGUCGUCUUAGCUCCGGCGACCUUCACAUCGGUGCUCCAAGCUCGCACCACCAUCAAGCCGCGUUCACAAACCCGCAACCACCUCACACAGCCACAACCGACCUCGCAACUCGUCACCACGUCCACGUCGGCAGCUCGCCAUUCACGACCCGUUCAGUCGUCGUGCGCCCUUCACCGUCUGUACGAGUCCAGACCUUCACGCCGUUUAACUCGCACCAUAUAUACACGAGCUCCACUGCACCCUUCGAGCAACCGGCUAGCCGAUCAAGCCACCCGCGUCCAUACGAGCCGCUCUCAACAGCCCACGUUCUUACACUAGCGAACCCACUCUCGCAAGCCCACGACCAAGCCAUCUUAGUCCAGAUCCGCGCCCGAGCUUCCCGAUCCGUUAGAGCCAGCACCAAAACCAUCCCAGCUGCAUCAGAUCUUAGCUAUUCAACCUAG